AUGGCCAGUUCAAAGUACGAAUACGUGAAGCAAUACGAGCUGGACGACACACUUCUGCCGGGCUGCUGGAUAGUUAUCCGCCUCGACGGCAGGGGUUUCACCAAGUUCAGUGACCUCCACGGCUUUGAAAAGCCCAAUGACAAGCGGGCUCUGGACCUCAUGGACGAGUGUGCGCGGGAAGUCAUGAACGAGUUCCCCGACAUCCGACUAGCGUAUGGCGAAAGCGACGAGUACAGUUUUGUGCUGGCCCGCAAUACGGACAUGUACGGCCGCCGCGCCGCCAAGCUGGUGUCCCUGAUCGUGAGCUGCUUUACGGCCAACUAUGUGGCCCGCUGGCCCGCACACCUGCCUGACACACCGUUGCGUGCCUCACCGAUGUUCGACGGACGUGCGGUUUGCUACCCGCUGGAUUCGAACCUGCGCGACUACCUAGCGUGGCGACAGGCAGACACGCACAUCAAUAACCAGUAUAAUACAUGCUUCUGGGCGCUGGUCAAGAGCGGUAAGACGCCAGCGGAGGCGCAGGACACGCUCAAGGGCACCCAGGCGGCCUUCAAGAAUGAGCUGCUCUUCCGGGAGUUCGGCAUCAAUUACGCGCACCUCCCGGAGCAGUUCAAGAAGGGCUCGGUAGUUACUCGGCAGAAGGCGCUUGUGGAGGUGAAGCAAAAAGAGGACGGCACACCCGUGCUGCGGGAACGAUCCGUUCCCACAGUGCUCUAUGUGGACAUCAUUCGGGACGAGUUCUGGGAGGGCAACCCCCAGCUGCUAGCGCCAUGA